AAUCAAAAAGGAUUCCAUUUUGGGUUUUUGAAGCAAAAUAAAAGAGCUACAAGAUCAUCACAAGUUUUUUUUGAGGAAAGAAAAAAAAUAGAAAGUACAAAAACAGUAUAAGUCGAAUAUAUUCGUUCGUUCAACAUAAAAAAUAUAAAAACAAGAAAACAUUCACCAAUUUGAGCAUCAUGAAAGUGGAAAUUAGUUCUGCCGCAGACUUUCUGAUGAAUUUAUUGCGCGUAAGACAGCAAGAGAAUUCUUUAUCUGAAACUCAACUACAUUCAUUUAGAGGCUCUUUAAUUACUAUUCUUCACGAAAAAUUUCGGGAUCAUUGGUACAUCGAGAAUCCAAGAAAAGGAAGUGGCUUUCGAUGCAUCAGAGUCAACGCCGAAAUUUCGGAUCCCUGUAUUUCAAAAGCAGCAAACAACUGUUGUAUUAGUACAGGUGUGAUUCGAGACUUAUUACCACAAGAGAUUACUUUAUGGAUCGAUCCAACGACAGUAUGCUAUCGAAUUGGUGAGAAUGGCUCGAUAUCGUGUCUCUACGAUGCUAAUCGAUCAAGUCCAUCGAACUCAUUAGAUUCGACAGAGAGUAGCGAGGAUCGUUGCGAGAUUUCACCCGAAAUCAAUAAGUUAGUUUUAGAUUUAUACGAGAAAUCUAACAACUCAAUUAUAACGAAACCAAAGCGUUAUUUGAAAAAUCGCCAGACAAACAAUAGUCCACCUAAGUACUAUCACUCGUUUUAUCAUCAGCAUCAUUAUCAUCAAUCGCCAUCAAAUAAUCAAUAUUACCAAAAUAAAGCAUACUAAAAUUGGACACAAAAACAACAUAAAAUAAAAUUACAAAUGAACUUUUUUUUUGAACAUAAGUAAAAGACGACGUGACCCGAUAUUGCACUAUCGUGGAUCCGAUUUAUAAACACACAAAACAAAUUAAGAAAAAAAAAAACAAUUCUUUUUAUUAAAAAAAAAAAAAUGAAAAAAAUGAUGAAUAACGGCUACCUUAGUGAAUAAUAGUGAUAAGAGAUUUUUUUAUAAAUUGAACACAGAUUUAUUUAUUACGAAAAAAUGCAGUUGCUGCUGCAUCC